GCGGAUCUCGCAUAUCCCGCAGUUUGGCGGCGACAGCCUUAGGCGGUACCUGCACCCUAGAACGAGAAACAUAUCCCUGUGCUCCACCUCCGACUUUCAAGUGAUCAUCGAAGGCCCUCGAUCUUGCUGAAUACGACUCUGCCUAGGCUCCAUUACCGUCUGAUAACUCACCUGUCAUCUGCCAGCUACUCCCGAAGCCCUCUUCCCAACAACGACCUCUACAAAGCCAUCCAAGCGCCAGCCUCCUGAGCGCAGAUUCCGCCGCCCACACCCUAAAUUACAAGCUCAAGAAAGAGCCAGGAAAGGCACAGACUACAAACGAACCCUUGACUAGACAAGACACCCUGCCAGCACCAUGAGGAAGCCUUCCAUACCAGACCUGAUAUACCAGAAAACAUUCCCUAAACCAAAGCAAGGCGAUCCUGGCUCUUUCUUCGCACACAUCCACCGUCAUAUUGUUUCGGAGAUCCGAGUCGAAGUACAGACGUUCUUCGGGACCAUCGACACCCUCGAAGCACAAUAUCCAGGUCUAGACUACACCUAUCCUCCCCACCGUCGUCGAUUAACCAGACAUCCGUGGCAUAGAAGACUCUUUCGAGUGAUUGACGAGCUGGGCCUGACCAACGACGAGGUCUUGAGUCUGUGUCAGUGGGAGGGAACUCGGGCAGCCAAAGAAAGAUAUGAACGAGAAGCACAAACCGAGGUCAAGUCUACGAUAGGCGCGGACAUCGAAGUUGCUCCACAAGGCAACGGACCUAGGGCAAUCUGGGAAGACUGGAGUCGGCCUCAGUCUAGUCGGACAUCCUCAGACAACGAUACUGUGAUCGAGUUGGAGGAGGGAGAACACAAAGAUGGCAGUCCUGAGUCCCGACAUGGUUCGACCGAGCCACCGGACGACGAUGUCAUGGGACUCGUCCGAGACGCCAUGCAAGCAAGAAUGGAAGCCAGACCCAGCGGCACACCUUUGAUCAUCAACCAAGUGUGGGAGCAAUGGUUGAAAGAGGCACUCGAACGGCAUGAGAUGGACGUCGACUCCGUCUUGACGGCGAUCCAAAGUUUGGAUUUCGAAAUGAUAUCACCGGUCGUCGAAGAAGAUGCCGCCGUCGGACUCACACCGGCAACCACUCCUCCUUUGUCACCAUCAAGACCAGCACGUACCGCACACACGCGCAACAGCUACGAUGACCUGCAUAGUAUGGUGGACGAGUUGCAAAGCAACAACACACGACUGGCGGAAGAUAAUGCGGCGAUGGCACUGUUUCUACAAAGAUCACAAACCGAGGCUGCGAGGUAAGGGGGAGGACCUGGGUGUGUUUUAUCUCUAGCACAUGCAUACGUGGGAGGUUCUUUGUUUUUGUAUGGGGGUUGUUCCGAAAAAAGCAUGAGUUUGACUAUGGUCGGGUGUUUUACGCAGAAUCCAACCUUAUUGUUUGAGCGAGGCGUAUGGAUUUUCAUCGAGGCAUGGGUUCGAGAGCAAUGAUGGUGUCUUUUUUUGCAAGGUUGUUUCUCCUCUUCAAGCGCAUGGGCUUUCUGCGAUGGGAUGGAAUGGAAAUGGGAAUGCUCUCUUGACGAUCGAGCAAUAAUGGGUGUCGUUGUUUCUGUUUUGUUGGUCUGGCCGAGAUCCCUCCUUACCACCUGCCUGAGGUAAACUAGGAGGGCUUUUCGUAACGAAAAGGACAUUACAGACAAGUCAGAUUCAGAAAUUCAAUCCAAAUAACAUUAUCAUAA